AUGGAAGUCUACAUCAAUGUGUACGAUUUAAUGCAGAAUUCCCCUCUAAGCAGAAUUGCUUGGACGUUGGGACUUGGCAUUUACCAUACAGGUCUUGUUUUAGAUGGAAAGGAGUAUGCUUAUGGCGCACAUGCUAUUCCGAAUGCUACUGGUGUCUUUGUAACUGUGCCCAAACCUCCUCUGGAAGGUUGUAGAUGGCGUUGUUCUAUUCCUUUACCGCCUUGUGAACUUUCAAAACAUGAAGUAGACGAGAUCAUCACGCGUCUAAGCAAGGAAUAUACAGGUACCUCAUAUUCUUUGCUGUCGCAAAAUUGCAAUCAUUUCACCGAGGCCGCCGCGAAAGCGCUAACAAACACGACUAUUCCUACUUUUUUAAAUCGAAUGUCAAAAAUUGGUCUCACCUUCCCCUCUAUUACGAAUGCAAUUUUACAAUUAGAUAUCUCCAAGAGUCCAGCUCAAUGCAGCUUGGAGAGAACCAACUCAUCAGAUUCUGACGAAGAAGUUUUAAUUCCUUCAUCGGCUAAACUACAACAAAUAUCAUUUCCUAAAAUUCCUAAAGUUAUCGUUUCACCUCCUGCUGUGAAUACAGACAACUUGGUAUCAGAGUCCCCAUGGAUCUAA